CGCACAACCAGCAAACAGUUACAGCAACAAGACAAACAAGACACGGCACACAAAAAGCAGGAGGGAGGACGUCUGUUGUGGGUGCAUGUGUGUUUUCAGUGGUGCAUCUUGCUCAAGGACAACAUCAGAUCAGGUUCACUGGUGCACACACGUGCGUGUGCGUGUGUACUUGCGCAGUAUCAUUUAUCUCAAGUGCGCAUCAAGGAGAUUCCCAUCAAUGCUUGCGGCUGGCCAGUGGAUUCGUGAGCAGCAGUGUGACAUCGCAUCCAUCGACAGAACAUCGUCAUGGCGGACGCCAAUCGACAACGAGCGCAGCAGGCGCAGCAACAACAACAGCAGGGGCAGCAGGGGCAGCAAGGGCAGCAAAGACAGCAAGGACAGCAACAGCAGCAGCAAGCACAGCAAGGGCAGCAGGCACAGCAGCAACAGCGAGGGCAACAGCAAGGGCAGCAAGCGGAGGAAGAGCAGCCUCCGCAGGAUGAACGCAAGCAUGAGCCCUCAUGGCAGGCGCGCUUGGAGUGGUGGGAGACACACCUUCGACCAGCGACCGCCCCACAAGUCUACACGGAGUUCCCGCACACCGUCUCCGAGGAAACAAUGUUCACCGUCUACGACAAGCAGAUCUCGCGCAGGUACAUCCAGAUGUUUGCGGAGCAUUUGCAGGACCACGACCUUCUCCUUCUCACGGCGUUUGCCGUCUUCAUCCACAAGCAAACCCGCGAGGAUUGCUUUGUGGUCAUGCACAUGACGACGCCGCCCGACUUCUUGCCGGUCCUGAUUCAGUUCAAGCCGGACAUGACGGUCCAGGAAGCAAUGGACGCUGUCGCACGCGCCAUGGCCAAGUCGGCAGAGAUGGAGGUUCCCAUACAGGAUCUGGUGGCCUACUUCGACUCAAAGGGCAAGGACGCCGGACGCCACUUCCGCAACCUCUGCAAGUUGUGCAUUGUCCCGCGCUUUCGGGAAGGCGUGGACCGCUUCAACUUGCUGCAACCGUCUCUCGCCUUCAUCGCAAUCUCUGAUUGGCUCAUGAGCCGGCGGCUGCCCCUCGACGUCCAGUCCCAGCGUCUCAUCCCAAAGAAGCUCGGCAUCAGCUUCCCAGCGGAUGCGUAUCUCAGCCAGUCGAGUGAGUCUCUGCUCGAGCAGGUGAUGCACACGUGGUACGCUUUGACCCUGCAGAGAGACACCAAGCUUGUUGAUUUUUCGCUGGUGGACGGUGACGUCGAGAGCAAGUCGGACACGGCUAAGCAGCAGCCGAACCCAAAACUGCCACUCGACGAUACGUGGCAUGGCUCAGCUUUUUCAUACCUGGAGAAGCACGCUGCCGUUACGCCUGACAAGCCCCUGAUCUUCUACAACGGCGAGACACACACGUACAAGGCCAUCGACAGUGUGAGCAACCGCCUUGCAAACCUGCUCAUCUCGAAGAACAUUGGCAAAGGCGAUGUUGUCGCGCUCUUUGCACACCGCUGCCCAACCCUCGUCGUUGGCAUGAUGGGUGUUCUCAAGAGCGGCGCGACCCUGACCAUCGUCGACCCGUCGUACCCGGCCACUCGCCAGAUGACGUAUCUCGACGUGGCCCGGCCGCGCGCCAUUGUCAUCAUCAGCGCCGCCGGCCAGCUCGGCCCAGAGGUGCAGAAGUACAUUGAAGAGAAGUUGGACAUUCAGCUGCAGCACACUCUCCUUCCUCCUAGCGAGCUUGGAGGCCUCGCGGAUGUGUCUGAUGAGUCCCCGGGAGUGGAAGUUCAGCCCGAUGACAUUGCCACGCUCUCAUUCACGUCCGGCAGCACUGGAAAGCCCAAAGGCGUGCGUGGGCGCCACGUGUCACUGACACACUUCUACCCGUGGAUGGGCCAGGAGUUUAAGCUGUCUGCCGAUGACAGGUUUACGAUGCUGUCUGGGAUUGCGCACGACCCAAUCCAGCGCGAUGUCUUCACCCCAAUCUUCUUUGGCGCUUCCAUCCACAUCCCACACGCGGACGACAUUGGCAAUCCCGGCGCGCUUGCGGAGUGGGCAGUGAAGAGCGCAGUGACCGUGAUGCACCUGACGCCGGCCAUGGGGCAGCUGCUGAUGGCAAAUGCUUUUGUCCGCAUGCAGGACUUGCGACGCGUCUUCUUUGUCGGCGACAUCCUCACCAAGCGAGAUGCGCUGCGGCUGAAGCAACUUGCGCCAGAGUGUUGGAUUGUCAACAUGUACGGCACAACAGAGACGCAGCGUGCUGUCUCGUACAAGUGCCUGCGAGAAUUUGCUGAUAUCCAGCGCGAGAAGGACAUUGUUUCGGCUGGUGUCGGCAUGAAAGACGUUGAGCUGUUGGUGCUGGAUGAGAACAUGCGCGUGUGCGCUGUUGGCCAGCUCGGGGAGCUGUAUGUGCGCUCGCCCCACCUCAGCGCAGGCUACCUUGGCCUCCCAGAGGAAACAAACAAGAAGUUCAUCGUAAACCCGUUUACGAACAACACGCGGGACCGGCUGUACCGCACGGGGGAUCUCGGGCGCUUCCAUGGCGACAUGUCUGUGGAGUGCAUUGGCCGCGCCGACGACCAGAUCAAGAUUCGCGGUUUCAGGAUUGAGCUGGGAGAGAUUGACAGCCACCUCAGCCGCCACCCGCACGUCCGCGAGAACAAGACGCUUGUUAUGCGUGAUCGGAACGAGGAGAAGCAGAUUGUCGCGUUCUUCGUCCCACACGAGAGCGGAGAGUAUGACAUUACCUCGAUCCGCGAGCACAUGAAGAAGCACGUGCCAGGCUACGCCGUGCCCUCUGUGUUUUAUCCGCUGAAGAUGAUGCCGCUGACGCCAAACGGCAAAGUCGACAAGUCGCGUCUGCCUUUCCCAGACUCGGCCAUCAUCCUUCUCAACAGAACCAAUAAGGAGGCUGCACUUGACCGCGAACUGACGGAGACGGAGCAGAAGAUCAAGGACGUGUUCGCCAUGCACCUCGAUGGCCCAAUUGGCCUUGAUGACAACUUCUUUGACAUUGGCGGGCACUCUAUCCUCGCCACCAUCGUCACAUUCAAGCUGCGAACGGCCCUGUUUCAGGAGUUGCCAAUCAAUGUCUUGUACAAGUACCCGACAAUCAGAUCGCUCGCCACCGUUGUUACGGAAUUGAACACGAACGAAAGCACCAUGUCGCCGCAUUCGCGCGACCAUCACGAGACGCUUGAUCUGGAGGCAGAGACGGCGUUGGAUCCACGCAUCAACGGAUCCGGGAAAAGCGUUCGCCAGAAUGUCAUCGGCAAGAACGUCUUGCUCACUGGCGCAACGGGGUUCCUCGGAGCGCACCUGCUGCAUGAUCUGCUUGCAGCGACGGAGCCCAAAGGCGGACGCGUCAUCUGUCUCGUUCGCGCACAGAACGAGGAGCACGGCCUGCACCGCAUCGUUGCCAGCCUCAAGGCGUACGCGCUCUAUGAUGUGUCGCUGCUGAGCCGCAUCAUUGUGCUGGUGGGCGACUUGGGACAGGAAAACUUUGGCUUGACCCCAGAGGCCUUUGAGAAGCUCGCGUCGGAGAUUACCUGCAUCUUCCACAACGGCGCGAUGGUCCACUGGGUGUACCCAUACUCCAAGCUCAAGGCCGCCAACGUACAGGGCACAUCGGAGAUUCUUCGCCUCGCCUGCAUCGGCGAAGAGCUGAUCAAGGUCAUCUUUGUGUCGUCGACGUCGGUGUAUGACUCGCCCACGUACAUGCAAAUGCGCGUUGUAAGCGAGGACGCGCCGCUUAUCGCUGGCGAUGAACUGACCACGGGCUACGCGCAAUCCAAAUGGGUUGCGGAGAAGCUGUGCGAGAAAGCACGUGCGAGGAACAUUCCUGUCACCGUCUUCCGCCCAGGAUACAUUUUCGGCAACUCCUCGACCGGUGUGAUGAAUCUGGACGACUACCUUGUUCGCUUCUUGAAAGCGUGUGUUGAGGUUGGCUCGCACCCGGCGAUCCACAGCCGCAUCAACAUGCACUGCGUUGACUUUGUGUCUCGCACCAUUGUUGAGGUGGGCUGGAACACGGAGCCAAUGGGAGCCUGCUUCAACUUCUGGACACCAGACACCAUUCCCACCUACAGGACACUCGGCUUUGCGUUGCGAAGCAAUGGCUUUGAUGUCGUCGAAAAGCCGUAUCGCACCUGGAGUGAAGACGUCUACAAGCGCGCUGUUGAGCAGGGGGACAAGAGCUUCUCCUUGUUUCCGCUCUUGCAUUUCGUCCUUGACGACCUUCCCACCCGCUCGCAGCCGGCCACCCUCUCCUGUGCAAAUCUGGAGAGUGCACUGAAGAAAGUCAGCGAGAUUUCGCACACAGACCCAGAAAUCCCCGUCACCAUGACCUCCUUCGACAAAUUCGUCGGAUUCCUGAUCCACGUGAACUACCUCCCCCGCUUGCAUCCAGAUCGCUACACAGGGGUGAACCUUCCAUCAUACGCCCAAGGCAUGGUUAGGGCUGACACACAUUCGAUGUAGGCGCCUGAGCGACGUGCUGUCUUCGACACACACGCACACACACACACACACACACAUACACACACACGGGGAUAAAACAACACACGAAAAACAACAACAACAACAGCAGCAACAACAACAACAACAACAACAA